UGACUCUCUCCUUAUCUCACACCACCAGGCACCAGGGUUUAAGAUAUCUCCGCCACUUCUCCAACCCCAGCAUUUCUUCAUUGUCUGUGCAGCUCCUCGAAAACCCCUUUACCUUUGUUAGAGCUCUGCCAUGGCUUCCACUUUCGUCACACUACCAACCCCUUUUCUGUACACACCCAACACUGCUUCUCUGUCCAACAGCCAGAAGCUACUCCCAGGUCUGCGAAGGAAGUGUUUGAGAGUCAACGCAAUUGCCACGAAAUGGGAACCCACCAAGGUGGUUCCACAAGCUGAUAGAGUGCUUAUUCGUCUCGAGGUGCUCCCUCAGAAAUCAGCUGGAGGAGUUUUGCUGCCCAAGUCAGCUGUUAAAUUUGAACGCUAUCUUAUGGGAGAAAUUCUUUCUGUUGGUGCUGACGUUGGGGAAGUGAAGGCUGGAAAGAAGGUUCUUUUUUCAGACAUAAAUGCAUAUGAGGUAAAUAGAGUGGAUUUGGGAGUAGAUGGGAGGCAUUGCUUCUGCAAAGAGAGUGAAUUAUUGGCCGUAGUCGAAUAAAGUUUCAGCUCCGAAUAGGUACAAUGGUUUACAUGAUUGUUUCAUGAGACUUUUCGUUGUCAGGAUGUUUUUCCUUGUAGUGUCUCUCAAUUCCCAAAACUAUAUAUUCAACUCAAAUUUGUAGACAACACUUUUUUGCAUUAAUUUAUGUCAUUUGAUACUCUUCAAUUUA